UGCUGUGCUACUGCUGUCGCGAGACUUCCUGCUCAUCUGCCGCUCCCUUUGCCGCCGCCUUAGCCCGGGACCCGAACCCAGCCUCUCCCCUAUCCGAACACCGGCCCCGGCUCCUCCGAGGCAACGGUCCCCCAGCCCCGUCUCGCCGCCGCCAUGGCGGACCCUAAAUACGCCGACCUUCCCGGCAUUGCCAGGAAUGAGCCAGAUGUUUAUGAAACCAGCGACCUACCUGAGGAUGAUCAAGCGGAGUUUGAUGCGUUUGCACAAGAGCUGUCCCACACACAGCCUUUUCCUAUCUCACAAGUCACUGUGAUUAUACUGCCCCCAACUCAUGCCCCAGAUCUUCAAGAUACUGCUGGAGUAGGUGCUACUGGAGGACUAGAGUGUGCCCCCGGGCCACAGCCUUGGAGAGGCUCCAGAGGAUGCCAGCGCCAGGAGGAGCUGACAAGCACAAGUGUGGAACACAUCAUUGUCAAUCCUAAUGCUGCCUAUGACAAGUUCAAGGACAAGAGAGUGGGGACAAAGGGACUUGAUUUCUCAGAUCGUAUUGGAAAAACCAAGAGGACAGGAUAUGAAUCUGGAGAAUAUGAGAUGCUUGGAGAGGGUCUGGGAGUGAAGGAGACACCCCAGCAAAAGUACCAGCGUCUACUGCAUGAGGUCCAAGAGCUGACAACUGAAGUUGAAAAAAUCAAGACGACAGUGAAGGAGUCAGCCACAGAGGAGAAGCUGACCCCUGUCGUGCUGGCUAAACAGCUGGCAGCCCUGAAGCAGCAGCUGGUUGCUUCCCACCUGGAGAAGCUGCUGGGACCAGAUGCUGCAAUCAACCUUACCGACCCUGAUGGCGCCCUGGCUAAGCGCCUACUGCUGCAGCUGGAAGCAACGAAGAACAGCAAAGGUGGCUCAGGGGGAAAAACCACUGGGACCCCCCCAGAUAGCAGCCUUGUCACUUAUGAACUACACUCUCGGCCUGAGCAGGACAAGUUCUCUCAAGCUGCCAAAGUCGCAGAACUUGAAAAGCGCCUGACAGAGCUGGAGGCAGCUGUACGUUGUGAUCAGGAUGCUCAGAAUCCCCUUUCUGCAGGUCUACAGGGAGCCUGUCUCAUGGAGACUGUAGAGCUGUUGCAAGCAAAGGUCAGCGCCCUGGACCUUGCAGUUUUGGAUCAAGUAGAGGCUCGGCUACAGAGUGUCCUGGGAAAGGUGAACGAGAUUGCCAAGCAUAAAGCCUCUGUGGAAGAUGCAGAUACACAAAGCAAGGUGCACCAGCUAUAUGAAACUAUACAGCGCUGGAGCCCCAUUGCCUCCACCCUCCCUGAGCUGGUGCAGAGACUUGUCACCAUCAAGCAGCUACACGAGCAAGCCAUGCAGUUUGGUCAGCUCCUGACACACUUGGAUACCACCCAGCAGAUGAUUGCUAAUUCCCUGAAGGACAAUACCACCCUCUUGACCCAGGUGCAGACAACCAUGCGUGAAAACCUGGCCACAGUUGAGGGGAACUUUGCCAGCAUUGAUGAACGGAUGAAGCAGCUGGGAAAGUGAGCACAUUUGGGAGCUGGAGAACAGGGGUAAUCCCUACCCCUGUGAACUGUUAACAGCUUACAUAGGGUUUCCCCUUUACUAUAACUCUAGCAUCCCCAUCCCAUUUGACACUGGGGGCAAGGGUUCUUCUUGCAUGUGGGGUUUACACCCCUCCCCUGAUGAAUAGAGUGGUAGCUAGGGGUUGGUUAUUAGAAGGUGGUCUCCCCUCAGGCCUGGGGGAUAAGGACGUGGGCCCAGCCACAUGCCAGCUCAUGUCCAAUACUGCUUUGCCUGGUGUGGGGAAGGAUUGGGUCUUGUCCUCCAACACAGCUUCUGUGGCUGACUCUAAUACUGUACAACUGUUUCUGACCAUUAAAUGCUGUUGUACUCUG